CGGGCACUGGCUUGACGUCGAGAUUACGGCUGGCCUCGAGUCCGAGGAUGGUGGCAAUCUGCUUGGUGAGCUGCCUGAACUCGUGCGAUUUGGUGUCCUUGUUGCGGAGCUGGGACACUUUCGCGACGAGGACAGGGUGAGAGUGGAUGGAGAGCUCGUCGAGCGAGGAGAGCGUGAUCUGUCCUUCGUCGUCGUCCAUGUUGGCUCAGCAGGAGCAGUGAGCGCACUGACUCGACCUAUCGAUGAAGUCGGCGGCGGCGACGCGACGGUCGAAGAGGAAGCUGCAAGGUCGACGCAGUUCUGCUAGCGCCUUCAGAUGGGCAUCGACGUCCAAUCUCUCAAUCCCGAUCGAGGGGGCGAUCCGGAAGCUGUGAGGCAGUCUCAGGCCAAACGGUUUGACUCUGUAGAGCUCGUGGAGGAGGUGGCAGCACUUUACAAGCAAUGGGUCAAAAUAUCGUACGAGAUUAGCCAGAUCAGGCAGCAGGUCAACGCCUUGCAGAAAGACAUUGGUCUCAAGAAGCGAAACAAGGAGAAUGCAGAUGACCUGCUCAAGCAGAAGAGCGAGCUCGACGCCAAGAUAGAGGGUCUCAAGACGUCAGAGACCGAGGCAGAUCUCGUCUGCAAGGCCCAGUGCGCCAAGAUUGGCAACAUCGUUCAUCCUAGCGUGCCCGUCAGUCAGUCAGAGGACGACAAUGUCGUCGUCAAGACAUACCAUCCUGACGGCCCGAACGCGACGCCAAGCCAGUCAGCCGACAUGCUCAGCCACCAUGAAGUCAUGUAUCGACUCGAGAUGACAGACGCAGACAGAGGCAUCAAGGUCGCAGGGCAUCGCGGCUUCUUCCUGACCGGCGAUGGCGUCGAUCUCAAUCAGGCUCUCAUCAGCUACGGGCUCUCCUUUCUACGCGAACGCAAGUACAAGAGAAUACAGCCGCCCUUCUUCAUGAAGCGUACCAUGAUGGCAAAGACUGCUCAACUCUCCGAAUUUGACGAAUCCCUCUACAAGAUUGAGGGCAAUGCCGAUGACGACGAGCUGCAAGAGGACGACAAGUAUCUCAUCGCUACCUCGGAGCAGCCCAUCUCCGCCUUGCAUGCCGACGAGUGGUUCGAAUCGCCCAAGGAACAGCUUCCCAUCCGUUAUGCAGGCUACAGUACAUGCUUCCGCAAGGAAGCAGGCUCCGGCGGCCGAGACACUUGGGGCAUCUUUCGCGUGCACCAGUUCGAGAAGAUCGAACAGUUCUGCAUCACCGAGCCAGAGCACUCGUGGGAGAUGUUUGACUCGAUGAUACAGCACUCUGAGGAUUUCUACCAGAGCCUCAAGCUGCCUUACCAGCUCAUCGCCAUUGUGUCUGGCGCGCUCAACAAUGCGGCCGCAAAGAAGUACGACCUCGAGGCCUGGUUUCCGAAUCAAGGAGCCUACAAAGAGCUCGUAUCUGUCUCAAACUGCACUGACUAUCAGUCUCGCGCCCUGGAAGUCAGGUGCGGUCUCAAGAAGCAAGGCGACACGAUCAAAAAGUAUGUCCACAUGCUCAACGGAACGCUGUGUGCAACCGAACGAGCGUUAUGCUGCAUCGUCGAGAAUUAUCAGACCCCCGAGGGUGUCAAUAUUCCCGAAGUCCUGCAGCCGUACAUGCAAGGGAGAACCUUCUUACCCUACACAAGACCGUUGCCGAAGGUGCAAAAGGCUCUCUUGCAACUUGCAGACUCUCUCCGGAAGCUUAGCCUGAGCGAAGCCAGUGGAGUGGGCACUCCAGCCUGA